AUGGCAUGCCCAUUUAUGUCUAAAUUGCCUACUACUUAUGUCAAGAACUAUGUUUCGGGUCUACUUAAAACAUAUGGUCACUCGUGUCCAGUUAUGUCUAGAUUCAUAAAUGUUGGACCAUCUGCAGGUGUUAUAAAUGAACAAACUGAUAUUAAGAAAAAGUGCCCAUUUCUAGAGGAUGAAAGUACUGCAAAAGCAGUUAAAGAAGUCAGCAAAGAAAUUCAAGAAGAUGUCAUUGAACCCAAAACUAAUACGGGAAAUAUCUACAACUAUGAAAAGUUUUUCCAUGAACAAAUCAUGCGCAAAAAGGCAGACCAUUCUUAUAGGAUUUUCAGAAAAGUGAAUAGGUUAGCAAUGGAUUUUCCAUAUGCAGUUGAAUAUACAGGAAAUGAAAAGCCCGUUACAGUAUGGUGUUCGAAUGAUUAUCUUGGUAUGUCUUGUCAUCCAGAAGUGAAGAAUGCAGUUCAACAAACUUUAGAUAAAUAUGGGUCAGGUGCUGGUGGAACACGAAAUAUAUCAGGUAAUUCAAUGUUUCAUGAGAAUUUGGAAAAAGAUUUAGCUGUACUCCAUGAAAAAGAAGCGGCUUUAUUGUUUACAUCAUGUUUUGUUGCAAAUGACUCUACAUUAUUCACAUUGGGUAAAAUGAUACCAGGCCUACAUAUAUUUUCGGAUUCUGGUAAUCAUGCUUCAAUGAUACAAGGUAUUCGUAACUGUGGAGCUCCCAAGCAUAUAUUUCGUCACAAUGACCCAAAACAUUUGGAAGAACUAUUAAAGUCUGUUGAUAAGGCUGUACCAAAGAUAGUUGCAUUUGAAACAGUUCACUCUAUGACUGGUGCAAUAUGUCCACUUGAAGAGCUCUGUGAGAUAUCUCAUAAGUAUGGAGCGUUGACUUUUGUAGACGAAGUUCAUGCUGUAGGUUUGUAUGGAGAUCAUGGUGCUGGUGUUGGUGAACUACGUGGCCUAAUGAAUCAAAUGGAUAUUAUAUCUGGCACAUUGGGUAAAGCUUACGGCAAUGUGGGAGGGUAUGUUGCGGCUUCAAGCAAUUUAAUUGAUAUGAUUCGUAGUUAUGCUGCUGGUUUUAUUUUCACCACAUCGUUACCACCCAUGGUUUUAGCUGGUGCUAGGGCAGCUGUUAGUGUGUUAGCUUCAGCGGAAGGAAGAUCACUCAGAAAAAAACAACAGGAAAAUGUUGAGUACCUCCGUCAAAAAUUGUAUGCUGCAGGGUUACCCGUUGAGUCAACACCAUCUCACAUCAUACCCAUUAAGAUUGGAAAUCCGAAUUUAUGUUCAAAAAUAUCUGACCUACUACUUCAAGAAAAAGGACAUUAUGUACAAGCCAUCAACUAUCCCACUGUACCAAUUGGUCAAGAAAAAUUAAGAUUGGCACCUACACCACACCACACUCCAGAAAUGGUCGAUACUCUUAUUGAAGACAUGCUCGAUGUUUGGAUAAAACUCGGCAUUCCUCUCAAUGCGACUCGUUGCAGUAUGUGCAAGAAAAAACCUCUGUGUGCCCGAAUCAGCAACCAUAUACAAAACAACUGUAGAAUUACUAUUGAGUCAUGUCUGGCUCCCAAUUGUUACCAGUUGGUUAAUGCCUCAGCUUAA